AUGCCAUUUUUGGCCUCCACCUACCUCCCUCCUUGUUUUCCGCGCCCCUCCAGCCUGCAGCCGCCGCUCCCCUCCUCUGAAACUACACCGGCCACCUCGUCGCCGCCACUUGGCGCUCCUGGAUUGGCUCAGCCGCCGCCCGCCGCCGCACGUGGCCACUCAGGCGUGGCCACGUCGCCUCCCCCGCGCCUCCAACCGCUGCGGCCCCCCAGGCCCGGGCCAGGCCCGCGAAGCCCAUCGGGGCCCGCACCCGAGCCCGCUCGCCCGAGCGAGCGCCGCCGCCGCCCGGCUCCCGUGCUUUCCCCGCCUCCGCGCCUCCUCACCGGCGUGCACCGCCGGCGCGCCUCCCGAGCUCCCUCGCUGCCCGUUCGCCGCCGCCUCCUCGUCUCUGGCCGCCCCGCGCCCGAGGCGCCUCGCCUUCGUCUGCCCCACCGUCGCUCGCUCUCGUCACCGGCGGAGCCCCGCGCCCCGGGCGCGUCGAGUCCGGCCGCCGCCGGAGCGCCCCGCUCUGCUCCUCCGCCGUUCGCGCCGCCCCGCCCUGUUCCUCGUCAGAUCCGGUGA